GGAUGCUCUUUUCCCAGCAAUAGUUCUCGUGACUACUCAACACUAGCGCCUAAGUAUUGUGAAAAUGAGCUCAUCAACUUUCUUUAAGACGGCUAUGCUCGUACGUCCACCUAACCUUCUGUGCGUGCUGCCUAGAUUCCGACGACACCCGACCGUUGUUCGUCAAGCCAUUUGCAGCCCCUUUGAAAGCGACUUGUCAGUGAAGGCAGGAGACCGAGCUUUCGCCGCCGGUGGGAGCGCCGCAGCUCCGCUGACGCAAUCAGCUGUUUUGCAGCCUCUUGAAAUAGCCAACGGGAUGGGGAACUGCGUAGCGCGCGACUCUGCGGCCGUCCUGCCGAAUUUGCAGACAGCUGGCGACGCGCUUGGGAAUGAAGAUACUUUCCUCCCUGCGGCCGGGCCCCGGCCCAUUGACAAGUAUAUGCACCUGCGAGAGCUGCGUGAGACGCAGCCUGCGCAGUACCACCAGCUCAUGGUGCACUCCACGGAGAAGGUCAUGCCAUUCAUUUACACUCCAACCGUCGGCCAGGCGUGCCAGGAGUACCAUUCCCUCCAUAUCAAGACGCGUGGUCUUUAUCUUAGCUUGGAAGACAGGGGCAACAUCCUGAACAAGCUCCGCUCCUGGCCGCAACAGAACGUGCGCGUUAUCGUGGUGACGGAUGGCGAGCGCAUCCUGGGCCUGGGAGAUCUGGGGGCGAACGGCAUGGGCAUCUCGGAGGGCAAGAUUGAGCUCUACACCGCUGCUGCGGGGGUGGAUCCCUCCAUGUGCCUCCCGAUCGCCCUGGACGUGGGGACCAACAACGCAGCCCUGCGUGACGACCCCGACUACCGCGGACUGCGGCAGCCGCGGCCCUCGGAGGCCGAGUACGACGCGUUCGUGGAGGAGUUUAUGAGCGCACUCAAGGUGUGGCAGCCCCACGUGAUGCUGCAGUUCGAGGACUUUGGCAACCACAACGCCUUCCGGCUGCUGGAGCGCUACCAACACUCGCACUGCUGCUUCAACGACGAUAUCCAGGGUACUGCCAGCAUCACUCUCGCUGCCGUGCUGGCUGCUCUGCGGGUGCGAGGCGGGCGACUGUCGGAGCAGCGGAUACUCUUCCUGGGGGCAGGCGAGGCCGCCACGGGUAUCGCCACCCUCAUCUCGUACUGCAUGCAUCGGCGGGAGGGGCUGUCGGAGGAGGAUGCUCGGCGGCGGUGCCACCUGUUCGACUCGAAGGGGCUGGUGGUGGCGAGCAGGAAGGACCUGCAGCACCACAAGAAGCCCUUUGCGCAUGACACCCCCUUUGUGGGCUCGCUGCUGGAGGCGGUGCGGACGCUGAAGCCCACUGCGCUCAUCGGGGUCAGCGCAGUGCCUGGGGCCUUCAAUGAAGAGGUUGUCGAGGCCAUGGCCUCCCUGAACGAGCGCCCCAUCAUCUUCCCGCUCUCCAACCCCACCGACCUGGCGGAGUGCACCUUUGAGCAAGCGGUCAGCUGGACGGACGGCCGUGUUGUGUUUGCCAGCGGCUCCCCCUUCGACCCCGUCACCGACAGCCGGGGUAUUGUGCACCAGGCGCCCCAGGCCAAUAACGCCUACAUCUUCCCCGCGGUGGGGCACGCGGCGGUGCUCACAAAGGCUAAGACCAUUCCGCUGGCUGUGUUCCUGGUGGCAGCAGAGCAGCUGGCCGCCAUGGCCUCACCGCAGGAGCUGCAGUGCGGCAGCCUCUUCCCCUCCUUCUCCGCCAUCCGUUCCAUCUCCUCCGCCAUCAUGGCAGCUGUCGUACAGCACCUGGUGGCCUCGGGGCAGGGCAGUCUGCCGGAGGGGUGGGGUAUGCCCAUGGGGGGGGACGACGAGGGCUGCUCCACCGACCCGGAUGAGGGCGCAUGCGACUGGAGGCACAUGGCGCGGGCCGCAAUGUGGAACCCGCCGCCCCUGCCGCUGGGAGGGGCGGCGGCGGAGCAGGCGGCGGUUGUGAGUCGGUUGUAAUGGGGCAGGGCGGGUGCUAGAGCGGGUGGCUAAUAGGGCCGGGAACGAGCGAGCUCGUGCGUGUGGUUUUGUGUGCUGACGUUACCUUCCGCUUUGUUGUGGCGAGAAGUGAGAAUCGCAGCACAGCACAGCACACGCAGGCAGCAGCAGUUGAUGAUGAGGCUGUUGGAGGCGCCCGGUGGUUGGUUUGGGUGUGGCGGUUGGUGGUUGGCAGUUGACGUUGCUUCACGACAACGGCAAUUGUAGUUAUAACACGCUAGUUGGUUGCUGCUUGGUUGUUGGCCUCCCUCGGGGUGGGUGCUCCGGUUGAUGGCUUGGGUCGGGUUGUUGUUUCGUGCCUUGGCUACAUGCGCGUUUACGAGAGGAGUCCAAGUCGCAUGGAGGAGGAAUUCUGCGGGCGUGUGAUGUUAUCUGGUGUGUUGGGGUUUGUUGUGAUACACGCGUUGCGAGCCCGGACGCUUUGCUCCCUGUGUUUGCAGUGCUGAUGGUGGUGGUGGUUGUGGUGCUUUGCUCCGUGAUAUGCGAUUCCGCAAGCGUACGAUGCAGUGCAGCGUUGGGUGGGGGGACGAUGAUGAUGAUGAGGAGGUUGGCGUUUAUGCGCGAUGAUGAUUAUACUUGACAUACUUGGGAAGGCUUACCGUAUCUUGUGCGAUUGCCGCCUUGGUAUAGCAUUGUUUUUGUCGUCUUGUCGCCACCACCAUCGUUUGCGUUGGCGAUUGCUGCAUGUGUUUCGAGCGCUAUGUGUCAUGCGGUUUGGAAGUAGGAGCAGUAGCUGGCAUGCGUGGGUUGGUUUUCCCGGGGUUGGUUUUGCUCUGAUGCUGGCUUUUCUGGGUGAAGGUUUGGUGGUCGUGGAAUAAUCGCGGUCUAUCGUUUACCAACGCCAGAUGUUUUAAACAGCUGCUUGCUGUUGGCUAAGCCGAACGGCGUGAGUAAACCUGGAUUGGGUCGCUAGGCUGGUUACCAGCGUUAAUCGUCUGCCGGCUUGAGCUAGCCCCUGGGCGGGAGUCUUGCGGCUGGUGUCACGGCUUAUGGUUUUGCGGAUGGGUUCUUUCAGUGUCCCUAAAGUAUUUCCACGUCCUCACGGUAUCGAUACGUUUCUUCGCAAGGAUGCCUGCAAGGGGUGGUGAGGCAAGGUUUGGUGUGCCUUGCUUUGGUUGCCCCGUGGCUGCCUUUGUUCCCUGUGACUUGUCGAGGGGGGUCCCUUAGACGUCACACAUGUCGGAGUUAAGAAGAAGAAGAACAAAAGGAAGAAGAACAAGCUAUGCGAGGGAGGGAGGGAGGACAGAGAAGCAGCUUGGGGGUGUUUUUGCUGUGUUUUGCGGGUGCGUGUGUGUUUAGCUGAAUAGAGAUAUUCCCUGUUGCCGCACGUUUUCACGUUUAGUAGGCCGUUUGGUGCAGCCCUGAGGGCUUGCUGUCUAAUAGCGGCGAGUACUGAAAUUAACAAACAACACUUGUCACGAAGUUUCAUGCCUCCUCCGUUUCACGAGGAAACAUUGCGUUAAGGUGCUGGCUAAAAGAAAUGAGUGAAGUUAACAUCAGCCACUCGUCUGCCACUUCUCGUGCGUAUGUUUCCUCUCACAACCACCAAUCACCUUUUUAUCGUUAACUAUCGUUUGUUACGGACUCAAGAAUCCCUCCCCGCGCACUUCGCCUGGGGUUUUGGUUUCGUUUGUGCAUUCUGUUUGCUUUCGUGGGGAGGUAUGCGGUCUUUAUAUGGUGAUAGGGAGGGGAAGAGGGUCUUGGAAGUGGGUGGUGGUGGAUGGGGUCAGGAAGGAUGCUGUCUGUUACUCGUUUUUAUUGGGGGGCGCUUAAAGAGCGGUUUGUGGGGUGGGAGGAUUGCUUUCCAGGUUGAAGAAACCGCAGGGGCUGGAAUGCUUUCGUGUGCUAAUGACGGAGAACGAUGCAGGGUAUGGCACCGUUUUGUGGGAGUUGCACGGAAGCAUGUGGUCGUCGACUUCACAACGCUCGAGGAAGUGUGUGUUUUGACGGACUUUCCUUCACAGUCCCGUGGAGGCCAUGGUGUUUGACCAAUGUAACUUUUGAGCCUCCG